GCCCCUCACUCACUCGCUUCCGCCAGCUGCUAGGCUCCCACUCAGGCAGCCUCCGAGAGAAGCUACAAGGAGGCGUGAGGAAAUCAAGCAGCAGCGAUGGCGCGUUAUAACCUGGGGCCGAGACCACUUCGACUGGGGCUCGUUUGGCUCGUUCUGAGCGUCCUACACGGAAAUGUCCGGUGUCUUAACGGCGACGAGGACCAAAACCAGGACACCGAUUGCAAGACGAAGAGUGUCACCGUAUCCGCGCUGCCCUUUUUGAGGGAAAACGACCUGAGCAUCAUGCAUAGCCCGUCAGCCUCUGAACCGAAGCUUCUCUUUUCCGUUCGAAAUGAUUUUCCUGGAGACGUCGUGGUAGUGGACGACUUGGAAAACACCGAGCUCCCAUUUUUCGUCCUCGAGAUUUCCGGGAAUUCAGAGGACAUCCCUUUGGUGCGAUGGAGGCAGCAGUGGCUAGAGAACGGAACUUUGCUCUUUCACAUACACCACCAGGAUGGCAGCCUUAGCCUCCCUGAACCAACUGAAGACACAGCAAACACCUCAACAAAGGAGGAGCUCCGCAUUCUGCAUAUCUCAGUGAUGGGUGGGAUGAUUGCCCUUCUGCUGUCCAUCCUGUGUUUGGUUCUCAUCCUGUACACCCGCCGACGCUGGUGUAAACGCCGCCGGAUCCCCCAGCCUCAGAAGAGUGCCAGUGCUGAGGCAGCUAAUGAGAUCCAUUAUAUCCCCUCAGUGCUGAUGGGAGGCCAGGCCCGAGAGAGCUUGAGGAACUCGCGGGGUCAGGGGCCAAACUCCAGUGGUACCCUCAGUAUCAGAGAAACUCCAAUUCUGGAUGGGUACAAGUACGAGUAUGACAUUACAGACCUGCGUCACCAUCUGCAGCGAGAGUGCAUGAACGGCGGUGAGGAAUUUGCAAGUCAAGUCAGUCGAACCCUUGACUCCCUGCAGGGCUGCAAUGACAAGAAUAAUAUGGACCUAACUCCUGUGAGUGAUACCAAGUUGGCCCUGAUGAACAAAUAUAAAGACAAUAUAAUUGCUACCAGUCCAAUCGACAGUAACCACCAGCAGAACACCUUGCUUCCACACAACACCUCCACCAGCCAGCGCAAGCGUCUUUCCAGCAACAAUCGCUCAGGUUCAAAUUUCUUGAACCCAGACGGAGACUCUGGCACUGAGGCUGACAGCGAGCCUCAGCUGGCUUUUUAUACUGACCCAAACCGCAGUCGACGCCGGAGUCGAGGUAUGAGAAAUGGUAACGCCAACAGCGCAUGGGGCUCAGGGGCAGGUUCCCCGCGGAGUCCUAUCAAUAAGACCACACUAACUCUAAUCAGUGUCAUCAGCUGUGUGAUGAGCCUGGUAUACUGCUCUCACAUAUCCUGCAGCCUCUCUGUACGUGUAAUCCUCCAUGUGCCAGAGCACCUAAUCGCUGACGGGUCAAGGUUUAUUUUGCUGCAGGGAAGUCAGUUGGAUGCGUCUGACUGGCUGAACCCAGCACAAAUCUUGCUGUACUAUCAGCAGAAUGCCAGUGGGCCAUGGGUGAAUGAACUGUGUGGGCGACGCCUGCUGGACCCUUGUGAGCACCAGUGUAAUCAAGAAACAGGGGAAUGUAUUUGCCUAAAUGGCUACAUGAAGGAUCCUGUCCACAAGCACCUCUGCAUCCGUAGUGAAUGGGGACCUAAUCAGGGGCCUUGGCCUUACACUAUCUUUCAGCGUGGUUUUGAUCUUGUGAUGGGAGAACAACCUUCUGAUCGCAUUUUCAGAUUCACGUAUACCUUAGGAGAAGGGAUGUGGCUGCCCUUAAGUAAAAGCUUUGUGAUCCCACCUGCGGAGCUUGCCAUCAACCCCUCUGCUAAAUGCAAGACAGAUAUGACAGUUAUGGAGGAUGCUGUGGAUGUAAGGGAAGAAUUGAUGAUCAGCUCUUCCUUUGACUCCUUGGAAGUUCUUUUGGACUCAUUUGGACCUGUCAGAGACUGCACCAAAGACAAUGGAGGCUGUAGCCGUAAUUUUCGCUGCAUAUCUGACAGAAAACUUGACUCAACUGGAUGUGUGUGCCCCCCAGGGUUGAGUCCUAUGAAGGAUGGAAGUGGAUGCUAUGACCACCACAUUGGUAUUGAUUGCUCUGAUGGGUUCAAUGGAGGUUGUGAGCAGCUGUGUCUUCAGCAACUGGCUCCUCUGGAAGACGAUCCAACUCUUUACAACAUUCAGAUGUUCUGCGGCUGUAUUGAGGACUACAAGCGGGGGCCAGAUGGGAGAUCUUGCCUGCCGUUAUCUGAUGUCUGCUCAGACGGAGUAGACUGUGCUGAAGCUACGGACAUUCCAGCUAAUCAGACUGUGUUUGGUGACCUUUUUUAUGGAUACAACAAUCAAACCAAAGAAAGCACCUCUGGGCAAAUCCUCAAGGCCACAUUCAGACAAAAAAAUUUUGCUCGAGGUAUCGAGCAGCAACUUCCAGACGGAAUGGUGGUGGCAUCUGUGCCAACAGAAGUUCAGUGUCACGAGGACCUUUUAGACCCUGUGCCAGACCCAGAAUACCUCACAGGCAUGGUGAACUACAGUGAAGUCUCUGGCUACCCACUAGUGCAGCGUUGGAGUCUUCGCUCUGUUCUCUACCAUGUCAAACUCAAUCAGUGGGUCUUAUCUCAAGCCUUCAGCUCAGCGAUCCAUUCACUGGAUGGAGCAACACAGCGGAGUGACUUUGUAUCCAUCUUAAAAGAGUUUGGGAACCACUAUGUGCAGGAGGCCAUGUAUGGGUUCCAAGAGUCCUGUACAAUUUGGUACCCCAACAAGCAAGUUCAGAGACAACUGUGGCUUGAAUACCAGGACAUCAGCAAAGGCAACUCACCUUCUGAGGAAUCAGAGGAGCAUGACAAGGAACCUAGGACUUUGACGUACCCUGCAUACAUUGCUAGCCUGCUGGACGCAGGAGCCAAGCGGAUGGCAGCCGGGGUCAGGAUGGAUUGCACCAGCCAGGGCCAAUGCCCUCGUUCAUGCCAUCUCUGCCAUAUGAGCCCGAGGGCAGCUCAAGGGAGACAGCAAUCCGAGCCUGUUCUAUUGCAAAUCACUAAGGCAACGCCUAUCUAUGAAUUGGUGUCCAACAACGAGACAUACCAGGCUCUUCAAGAGGCAAUGAUGAGCAUGCUGUGGUGUUCAGCGAGGGGAGACGUAAUUGAUGACUGGUGUCGGUGUGAUUCCAGUGCCUUUGGAACCGAUGGACUCCCUACUUGCGCACCACUUCCUCAACCAAUGCUGAAACUGUCCUACACUUAUGAGCCAAGUAGCUCAUUACUCAUCAUGGAAUGGAACCACACAGAGCCGCCUAUUGGUGUUCGGGUCAUUGAUUAUCUCAUUAGCCAAGAAAAGGUGACUGAGAGGACCGACCACUCGAAGGUUGAGACAGAAACGCUGUUGAGCUUCGUGGAUGACAUCUUGUCUGGUGCCAGGUCUCCAUGCGUGAUGUUGGGAGACAUCCCAAACCUCCUGUCAUCAUCUGUCAGCAUGAUUGUACGCUGUCUGGAGCCUGAUACCACUUAUAUGUUCCGGCUAUGGGCAGUUGACAACACUGGGCGCCGCUCCAGCCCGAGUGAGGUCACCAUUAAAACCCCAUGUCCAACUGUGGAUGACGUCAAGGCUCAAGAAAUUGCUGAUAAAAUCUAUAACCUGUUUAAUGGGUACACCAGUGGGAAGGAGCAACAGACAGCAUAUAAUACUCUGAUGGACCUAGGUGCCCCAGCUCUUCAUCGAGUCCUCUAUCACUACAAUCAGCGCUACGAGAGCUUCGGAGAGUUUACCUGGAGGUGUGAAGAUGAGCUAGGGCCCAGGAAGGCUGGCCUCAUUCUCUCACAGUUAAAUGAACUGUCCCCCUGGUGUAAAGGCCUUCUUCAGGAGCCCAAGAUUGGACUUCGCAGGAUGUCUCUCAAGUUCCUUUCGUGUCGCUACACUGACACCAAGGCUUUUGGGAUGAACUGGGCAGAUAUGGGCCAGGACGUGCACAAGGCGUGUGAUGAGCAAAUACUCACAGUCAUGUAUAAUGACUAUGGUGAGCCCAAGGAGAUCUAAAUGUAUGUAUUGUAUUGUAUUGUAUGUAUUGCCUACAGAAGAUGCCAGAUCUAACAAGAGUGAGUUUUACAUGAUCGGAAUAAGUUUGUUUAUUUUGUAUACUAUAUUGUUUUUUUUUGUUGUUGUUUUUGUUGCUCUUCAUCAGAAACAAAUCAAAGUUCAGACUAUACUGUCCAAGGAGCGUAUGUCACCGACUGGAGUCUUGCAACUUUAUUAGUCGUCACUCUUGUUUCUUAAAGAUAAAUAUGAAGAAAUAUGUUUGACUUGUACUGCUGCAUUUCAUUAAUGUCAUCAGCUUUAUGGAUUUAACGAUACGUACAAUAUUUUAUAUAUUGUUGUACAAAAAAAAAUCACACAACUGUGUUGUCACAUAGGAGUGAAUUAAAAGAAAAUGCUAGUUUGACCCUAGCCGUGUGGCAUUUAGUUGUUAUUAAGAGCAUGGGACAACAGUUGCUGUGAGCAAAUUUGUUCUUAAAGGGAACCUCGGACUUAAAGACUUGUGGGCUCUGAUAAGCCACAAUUUUUCUCUUUUACUAAAAUAUGUUAUUAGAAACACAUAAAAUAUUGCAAUUGAUUUAAAAAUCUUUAAUAUUUAGCACGUUUUAACCUACGGAGGGUACCAUGUUUUAUACGUGCAAUUAACGCUCGGGGUGUUGACGUAGUUUGCCACUGUCACUAGAUGAACACUACCGGUGUUCUGUAAUUCCUUCUACGCGGCGAGACGUCCAACACAUGCGCACAUCAGUUAAAUGCGGUGAGUACUUACUAUAUGUGUUUUUAUUGGGUCUUUUAUUACCUUUUCAUUGUCUCAAAAUACUUUUUGCAUGUGUUUCCCUCUCAUACUUUUAAGCAUUGUAUUUUCUUGUGGUAGCGUUAAAGCAGAUUGUUGAUCUAUUGACCACAUUAGUUACGUGGUGUAUUUAAACCACCCUUGUUUGAUAUUACUACGUUUUUCUUCAGGCAUCUUUAGUAUGUUCUGUUUGUGUGCAUCUAAACAAAACAAGCUGAAAGCGCACGGAAGUACUUUGGGUUUCAAAUUCGCCUCUUGAAGCACGUUUCACCAAUGUAGUACGUUUUGGCAGAACACCCGUUUUGUCAUACUCUCGUCUCGUUUCAUCCUGUCUUUCCUGUUUAUUUUGCUUUUGCUGCUCGUUUUGUGAAAUAUCGACAGUGCUCUCAUGCUCAUUAAUGUUCCUCUCGGGUUCAAAUUGAAAGGGUUGAACAGAUGACAUUUUUAUGUCGCUAGAGUCAUACUCUGAAAGCCCGGCAGCGUAACCAUGUGACAUCACCAACAAUGGCGACCUACUAGUUAAACUAAUUUUACAAACUGUAUAAAAACAAUAACAUCAAGAGGGGUUUUAAUGUCAAACUAUUUUAACUCAUAACAACGUUUAUCUUUUAAGAACUACGAGUCUUUCUAUCCGUGGAUCCCUUUAAAGCAGUGGUGAUUUAAGUGGUGGAGAUAAAAAGAUAAGUGAACAUUGGAGAAAAAAAUUCUCCAAUGUUCAUUUAUCUUUUUAUUCUCACUGUAGGGUAAAAAUAAAAUAAAAUAAAAUGAUGACGCAGUCUUUUUUUUUUUAUGUCUUAUUGAAUGUUCUGUAUACUUCUGGCUUGUUUACACCUGUGUUUGUAAAUGCAUUUUCUUGUUACUUGCAAGCAAGCCCCGUUCGGUUCAGGCAAAGAUGUUAAAUUUAAUGGAGUGCCGCAAUUAUAUGUGGAACAGUUACUGGAGUGCAGGGGUGAAAGUGGCUAGAAUUUCUUGCCGGAACUCCCCGACGUGAAGGUCGCCACGGAGCCAGAAUUUUUUUUUUUUUUUUUCUUGCGUGUUUUUAUUUUUUUGCGGGGAGGGGGGGGAGGGGUCAAACCUCUUAAACUUCUGAAAUGCUAAGAAAACUGUUUUAGCACAGUUAUUUCUAUAACACAUACAAAAACUGAUUUUCAUUCAAAAUUGUAUUUUUCAAUGAUUUGCAAAAUGAAAAUUAACGAAAACAGCAAUAACCCCAACCUCCAUCUCCUAAUUUUUAUUUUCCCUCAUUUCCUCACAUACUAAAUGCCAAAUCUCAAUUUUAACUACUUAAGAACAUAGGAUGUACUGUAUAUCAAAAUUGAAGUUAAUGUAAACAUUUACUUUUUUUCUUUUAAAUAAUAAAGAUAAAAGUAACAUACAUUCAGAAUAAUUCGUACAAAUGAGUUAUAUUAUGCAGAAAUGGAAUAUAUUUUGAAGAUCGCGCAAACAUUGACUUUUUUAAAUCAUAAGGAAAUGAAUAAGUAGCCUAAGUGCACAUUGACAGCUAAGAUGUUCUGAACCUCCCCAUUAGAGCACAUAAAACUAAAUAUGAUAAAUAAGCCUCCUCAACUCUUUCGUUGCUCUUAUAGAUUUGAUCCAUUUAUGUUGCAUUGCCCUUUUUUGUUGCAUCAAUUCAACCUCUUUUUUUUUUUUUUUUUUUUUGAUUUGAACCAAUCAGAGCUAACCAUCUCUGCUGAUACAAUGUCAGUAUGUCAGCCAAUUGAACGGAUAAAUGACUCCAGGCGUUUUGCUUUGCUGCGUGCAUUCGCACAUUCACGUCACACAUCAUCGUAAGACUCGGAUAACUGCUGCAGCUGGAGAAACCUCCAUGCCGUCCAUGGAAUAAAAAAAAUAAUAAAUAUUGGUGGAAACGGAUUACGCUACAUAAGCACUUUAUUUUGCUUGUUGUUAACACUUGGUUAUGUAAAUCUGAUGUUGGUAGAUGAAAUGCAUGUGUGGCAGCUCAGCAUUUUUUUUUUUUACAUAGCAUUUUGACAGUUGCUGUCAUAGUUUCAGAAUCAAAGCACCGUGUACCGAAACAGCAUCUCGGCCCUGAAUUUUAUACCAGAACUGCGUUCUGGCCCGGAAUCUUAUACCGGAACUGCGUUCCUGACCGUUCUGGCCCACUUUCACCCCCGCUGAAGUGUAAAAUAAAAGAUAAGUUGGGAUAAAACCUGGUAUUGAAAAACUUUAAACUUUGAGGGGUGUGAAAAAUCCAGCUUGACAAAGUUGUGGUGUAAAAAAUGACACUCUCAUUAAAUAGCUGGGGGAAUAAAAACAUUUCAUAAAUGUUUCUUACCAUUCAUAGAGACAUAAAGUAAACCACUAUUCACAUUUAAAUACAUUUUCUUUCAACUAAGUCCAUUCUUAGACUUUAAAUAUAGCCAUCCGCCUGGCCGUUCAUUUACACAUACAGUAGCUCACCCUGCACAAACAAGAAUCCCUGUGAAAAGUAAAAGCCAUAAUUUUACUAGAACAAACAGGCCAAAGUGGUCUUUUCUGACCAGGCUCUACACUGUCAACAAUUAAUAAUAAUUGGGGCUUCAACAGUUGUUGGCGGUAUUGCAGUCAAGUUGAUCCGUCAGAAGGUUCAGACAGUCCCCUCAUGACAGCUGAUUUAAUUGGAAUCCUGCGUGUACUGUAUUACAGCUACAAGAGUGAAACUGUUCACAUCUGCUCUCAUGAGAGACAUUAACGUUUAUAUUUUGACUUUAAUCACCAGUAACCAAAUGUUUUGGGGUUGUUUUUUUUAACAGUGUUUCUUUUCAGGAAGCUUUUGUUGGAAUGGAAUGGCAUGGAAUGGUUUAUUCUUUAUGAAAGACAUGUACUAAAGUAGAAUUUUAGACCCAAACUACUGAAUGUAACAAAAAAGAAAAAAGAAAAGAAAAAAAAGAUGAAGUUUGGUAAUUUUGAAAAAGUUUUAACAAAAGUUGACUCACUGGAAUACCGUUUGUCCACUAGUACUAGUUCCUGUGGUUAAAAACCCGUAUAUAAGUGUGAUAAUGCACUAUUUUCUUCAUAAGUGAACCUUGAUUGUUUUGUAAAGUUUAUAUGAUUGUUUUAAGGAGAUUGUUUCAGUAUAAUUUAAAGUUGCUGUUGUUUUUUAUUUGUAUUAUUUUACUGUCGAGUGGCCAGUCUUAAGGUCAAUGUCAAAUGAAGGUACAUAUGUUGUUAAUUUCAAACGCAUUUCUUAAUACUAAAAUGAAUGCUAAUAUUUGUGGAGACAGCAGUGUUUUACAUAUACCAUACAUUUUAUUGGAGAAAUGUACAGUGUUAUUCUUCUCUAUAUAAAUCCUUGCUUAACAGGUCAUAUUUUAAAAACAAAACAACCAAAAAAAAGUGUACGCGUCAAAAGAGAGCUGAUAUCCUGUACUGUUGUAUUUGAUGUGUCUCUCAUUCUUUGCAGAUAAUGUGAAAUGUAGAUCUGAUUAUUUUAUCCGAAUAUGAUCAAAUAUUGUUUGAAACUGUACUAUACUCUUAUUAAUUGGCUGAUGGAAAAACUUGACAACAUUUAGUUGAUCAUGGGAUUGAGAGAAGGACAAGAUUGAGAACUUGACAAGUAUAUGCAUGCUGAUGUCUUUAAAUGUGGUUGUCAUAUCAAGACAUUUUCACUUUGCUACUUCAUGAAUAAAGACAUGUAACAUGGA